AUGAAAAAAGAGAAAGAGAUAAAGCUGAUUACUGAGUAUAAAGAUGUUGAGAUGUUUGAUGUGGAAGGAAAAGGAACUGUGAAGACAGAACUGGAGUGACUGAUGAGCUUAAUGGGUAUUAAUCCUACCAAAAGGGAGCUCCUUCAGAUGGCCAAAGAUGUGGACAAAGAUGGCAAAGGUGCUUUUAACUGUUAGAGCUUCUUGGGUUGGAUGACAUUGGUUCAUGAAUGGACGAAGGGCCAGGAUGCCAAGCUUUGAGCUGCUUUCAAAGUUUUCGACAAAGAGGCCAAGGGAUAAGUUGAGUGCAAUACCCUGAAGAAUGUGUUGAUGAACGCAAGAGAACCAUUAAAUGAGUUAGAGGAGGAACAGAUGAUGAAGGAGGCCGAUAAAGACGAUGGAACUAUUGAUUACUCACAAUUUGUGGCCAUGAUGACCAGGUAUUCCUUCAAUAUGAGCUAA